UGAUCUAAAUGGGAACAACCUGACGACCAUCAGCAAGACAGACUUCUCUGGCCUCAAACACCUCAGAGUUCUUCACCUGAUGGAGAACCAGAUAAACAACAUUGAGAGAGGAGCAUUUGAUGAUCUGAAGGAACUGGAGAGACUUCGUCUGAACAGGAACCGUCUCACUCAGCUCCCUGAACUCCUGUUCCAGAAGAAUGAGGCUCUGGCUCGACUGGACCUUAGUGAGAAUGCUAUCCAAGCCAUUCCCAGGAGAGCUUUCAGAGGGGCCACAGACAUCAGGAACCUUCAACUGGAUAAGAACCACAUCACUUGCAUCGAGGAGGGAGCCUUCCGUGCUCUGAGAACUCUGGAGGUUCUCACAUUGAACAACAACAACAUAAGCAGCAUUCCAGUCUCCAGCUUCAACCACAUGCCCAAACUACGCACCUUUCGUCUCCACUCUAACAGUCUGAGGUGUGACUGUCACCUGUCCUGGCUGUCUCCCUGGCUGAGACAGAGGCCCACCCUGGGUCUGUACACACAGUGCAGCUCCCCUCCAACCCUCAGGGGACUCAACCUGGCUGAACUGCAGAAGAACGAGUUCACCUGCUCAGGUCAGAGUGACAGUGCGUUUGUCCAGCCGUGUAGCCUGGCGUCUGGCUCCUGUCCUCCCAUGUGUUCCUGUAGUAACAACAUCGUAGACUGUAGAGGCAAGGGCCUCACUGCCAUUCCUGCUCACCUGCCUGAAGCCAUGACUGAGAUUCGUCUGGAGCAGAAUGGCAUCAAGUCAGUUCCUCCUGGGGCCUUCACCUCCUACAAGAAGCUGCGCAGAAUAGAUCUGAGUAACAAUCAGAUAUCAGAGAUCGCUCCCGAUGUUUUCCAAGGCCUGAGAGCCCUCAACUCACUGGUUCUAUAUGGUAAUAAGAUCACAGAUCUCCCCAGAGGACUGUUUGAGGGUCUCGGCUCUCUAGAACUGCUUCUCCUGAAUGCCAAUAAGAUCCACUGUAUUCGAGCCACAGCCUUCCAGGACCUAGAGAAUCUAGCUCUGCUGUCUCUCUACGACAACAAGAUCCAGACCCUGGCUAAAGGAACCUUCUCACCCCUUCACAGUAUACAGACACUUCACCUGGCCCAGAACCCGUUUGUGUGUGACUGUAACCUGAAAUGGCUGGCAGACUACCUGAGGUCCAACCCCAUAGAGACCAGCGGUGCCCGCUGUGCCAGCCCACGCAGACUGGCCAACAAACGCAUCGGGCAGAUCAAGAGCAAGAAGUUCCGCUGCUCUGCUAAGGAGCAGUACCACAUCCCAGGUACAGAAGACACCCGUCUGAAUAAUGAGUGUAACAGUAAGCCAGUGUGUCCUGCUAAGUGUCGCUGUGAAGCCAACGUAGUGGACUGCUCUAACCUCCGUCUCACCAAGUUCCCCCAACACCUACCUGCCUCUACCACCGAGCUGCGUCUCAACAACAAUGAUAUCUCAGUGCUGGAAGCCACCGGUGUCUUCAAGACCCUCUCUCAGCUCAAGAAAAUUAACCUUAGCAACAACAAGAUCUCAGAGAUCGAGGACGGAGUGUUUGAGGGGGCGGGGUCUGUCAUGGAACUCCACCUGACAGCCAAUCACCUGGACUCUGUCAGAGGGACCAUGUUCAGGGGCAUGGGCGGCGUCCGCAUGCUGAUGUUGAGGAACAACCGUAUCAGCUGUAUCCAUAACGGCAGCUUCACUGGUCUGACCAACGUCCGCCUGUUGUCUCUCUAUGACAACCAGCUCCACACCAUAAUGCCUGGGGCCUUCGACACACUGCCCAACCUCUCUACACUGAACCUGUUGGCCAACCCGUUUAACUGUGACUGUCGUCUGGCGUGGUUGGGGGCGUGGCUUCGUUCUAGACGAAUCGUAACGGGGAACCCUCGCUGCCAGAGCCCCUCCUUCCUCAGAGAGAUCCCACUACAGGACGUAGCAGCACCAGACUUCCGCUGUGACGACGGUGCAGUAUUGGAGGAGAGUAGCUGUGUAGCUCGUCCUCAGUGUCCCACUGAGUGUACCUGUACAGAGACGGUGGUCCGCUGUAGUAACAAACACCUCCAGGCCCUGCCCAAGGGGUUGCCCCGCAACGUCACUGAACUGUAUCUGGAUGGGAACCAGUUCAGCAUGGUGCCCAGGGAACUGUCCACCUUCAAACACCUGCAGCUGGUAGAUCUGAGUAACAACAGAAUCAGCUCCCUGUCUGACUCCUCCUUCUCCAAUAUGAGCCAGCUCACCACCCUCAUCCUGAGUUACAACUCUCUACGCUGCAUCCCUCCUCUGGCCCUGGCUGGACUACGCUCUCUCAGACUACUAUCUCUUCAUGGUAACGACAUCUCUGAACUAAUGGAGGGGAUCUUCAGUGAUGUGGCCUCCCUGUCUCACCUGGCAAUCGGUGCCAACCCCCUGUACUGUGACUGUCAUCUGCGCUGGCUGUCUGACUGGGUGAAGAGUGGGUACAAGGAGCCUGGCAUCGCCCGCUGUGCCGGACCAAUGGGCAGAGGGAAACUGCUGCUCACCACACCUGAGACCAAGUUUGAAUGUCUGGGUCCAGUGGAGAUGUCUGUCCAGGCUAAGUGUAGUCCGUGUGUGUCUGGGCCCUGUCAGAACCACGGUGUGUGUCAGUCUGACCCUGUAGAACUCUACACAUGUGUGUGUGCACCUGGCUUCACGGGUAAAUACUGUGAGACUCCAGUGGAUGUGUGUGCCAGUAACCCAUGCACAAAUGGAGGAACCUGCAUCAGUGACGAACAGACAAGGAGAUUCAGUUGUUCAUGCCUGGUGGGUUUCCAUGGAUCGUUCUGUGAGGUGGAUGUAGAUGACUGUGAGGACCACGGAUGUGAGAAUGGUGCAACCUGUGUGGACGGAGUAGGCAACUACACCUGCUUCUGUCCUCCCUUCUACAUUG